AUACAAUGGGCUGAAGCAAUGGUGGGUGAGCAGUGCACUGAGCACAAUAAUCAACGGAAGAAUUUUUUCAUAUAGAAACAGCAUACGGUUUAUAGUUUACAGUUUGUGCACGCACGCCGGGUUCCCAUUAAUGGAGUUUCUUGAUUUUCACUUAUUUAACAGAUACGCUGACGGCUGAUAGAUUUUGUUUAGUUACAGCGAAGUUGUCCAAUUUGACACUAAAGCAAACUAUGGUGAUGUGAUUCUUCCCUUUCUGGGAAUGAUUACAGAAACAAUAUUAACUCUUUUUCUUUUUCUGGUUUAAUCUAUUGCUGAUUUUGGCACCUAAUACCUGCUCCACAAGAUUAUAUAAAAAUCUUAUCAAUCCCUUUUGAUUCAUAAUAUUCUGCAUAAUCACUUACCAUAUAGGCCAUAUUCUUUCUCCUGUAAAAUGCACCAUCUUUCUUCAUCUUUGUUCAUUUGGGUUUUACUAUCGCCGCUUUCCUUCAGUGGUUGCUGCAAAGCUUUGGAUUGCAGUUCUAACGAAUCGAAUCAAAAUCAAGUAGCACAUACAAUUUUUGUGGAUAAAUCAGGCCGGGGAAACUUCACCACGAUUCAAAGUGCCGUUGAUUCCAUUCCAAAAAAUAACAGCCGAUGGAUACGUGUCCUUAUCUCUAAUGACAAAUAUUUGGAAAAAGUUGCAAUUCCUGCAAACAAGCCAUGCAUUUUUCUUCAAGGAGCUGGUAAGAAUACAAGUAUUGAAUGGGACGACCAUGAAGACAAACCCACUAGUGCCAUCUUCAUCUCCCUCGCUGAUAACAUUGUCGCCAAAAGCAUUACGUUCAAGAAUACAUACAACCUUAGAUCACCUAAUAUGGUCUGGAGACGAGCUACUGCAAUAAAAAUAGGAGGGGAUAAAUCUGCCUUUUACGGAUGUUCCUUCGUCGGAAUACAAGACACUUUAUAUGAUUGUAAAGGCCGUCACUACUUCAACAAAUGCUAUAUAGAAGGUGCAAUGGAUUUUAUCCAUGGAGCUGCUCAGUCAAUCUAUGAGGAGAGUACAGUUUCUGUUAACAUUGGAAAUUAUGAACCAGGUUUAACCGGCUGUAUCACAGCCCAGAAGAAAGAAUUUCCUGAGCAACGCAGUGGUUUUGUGUUCAAAAAUUGUAAAAUCACAGGCACUGGUAAAGUUCUUCUGGGAAGAGCCUGGGGUGCUUAUUCAACAGUGGUUAUAUAUAACUCAACAAUAUCAGAUGUUGUAGUUCCUGAUGGUUGGAAUGCUUGGCACGGUGUUGGUCAUGAAGGAAAUUUAACAUAUGUGGAGGCCAAUAAUACAGGACCAGGGGCCGACACUUCCAAGCGUGUGCCGUGGUUAAAGAAACUGGAUGCGGUUCAGCUUAGCCAAUUUGUGAACUUGUCGUUUAUUGAUGCAGAUGGAUGGAUUGCCAAAUUACCUUAAUUCUACGGCUUAAUCAAUUUCCAUGUUGUUGUUUUUGGAAAAUAAAUACAUAUUUGUUUUAUCUUGAAAUUUGUUGCAUUAUAUGUGAAUGUAAAUUGGAAUGUUUGUCUUGAUGUUUUUGGUGAGGGAUUUGAGGAUUUAUGAUUUUCUUUUUUCAAA